GUCGAGAAUGGAGAUGAAUGAAUGAGAGUAAAUAUAUACUUUGUUAGUGAGAAAAAAAUAUUUUCAGGGAAUCAGAUUGUAUUGAUUUUCGUUUAAAACAGUUCAGUGCAAUGAUAAACAUGUUUUGCUGUCUCAAAGGUUGUAUAAACGGGUUCACUUUGACUCCAAGUGUUCCAGUACGGAUAAAGGAGAAUCCAAUACAACUGGAUUCUCUACAUAUGGGCCAUGAAGUUGUUUUAGUAAAGAGUGGACAGCGAGCCUGUGGAUCAGGUUGCACUCUUGGCAAUGCACCUCUAGUUCAAAACAAAGCCUACUUUGAAGUAAAACUGCAACAAGGAGGUGUAUGGGCAGUGGGACUUGCUACUAGGGACACAGAUCUUAAUAGAGUGCAUGGUGGUUUUGAUAAGGAGUCAUGGUGCUUGAACAGUGAUGGUACGGUGCGGCACGAUAAUAUUGAACUGUAUCACUUAAGGCCUGCGUCUCGCGACUCACCUACUGAGCUGUUAGUGUCAACUGAGUCACCGGAUCAUGUUGAAGAUAAAGCUGAGAGUGACAACCCUGAUAGUACAGUAGCGGAGAUGCCAGUUGAAGGUGAUGUGAUUGGUAUUGCAUAUGAUCAUGUUGAGAUGAACUUUUUCUUAAAUGGAAAGAAUAUGGAGAUCCCGGUAAGGAAUAUUAAAGGAACUGUGUAUCCUGCUCUUUACGUCGACGACGGCGCUAUCUUGGAUAUAAUCUUAGAUAACUUUCGGUAUCCUCCUCCGUCAGGUUACGAGAAGAUAAUGGUUGAGCAGUCCCUUCUCUAAGUAAAUUAGAAGUUCUUGUGUAU